CCCUUCACUUGUAUGUUCAGAGCGAUAGACUGAAGAGAGCCUUCAGAGAAAAUACAACCAGCCGCGAGUUGUUUGACUUUCUCCUGACAUCCACGACCACAAAGACACUUCGAACCAGAGCAGCACUUGUUCGAGAGCAGUAUUAUCAGCUUCCCCUUGUCAGAUCUGUGGAUUUUUUGGGGGGUUGCAAACAACCACUGUCUUAAAGACUCAAAGCUUUGACUGGCCUUGUGUUUGGAAUUUUAAAAAAGUGAAUUAAACUUCUUUUGGGAACGACAUGGCACUUCGACAGAACUCUGACAAGGAGCCAAGCAUUGAGCUGUUUAUUAAGGCUGGACACGAUGGUGAAAAUGUGGGGAACUGUCCCUUCUGUCAAAGGCUCUUCAUGGUCUUGUGGCUGAAAGGAGUCAAGUUUACAGUGACCACUGUUGACAUGAGGAAGAAGCCAGCUGAGCUCAAAGACCUGGCCCCGGGGACUAACCCUCCUUUCCUCCUCUACAACGGCACCCUCAAAACAGACUUCAUCAAAAUCGAGGAGUUCCUUGAACAAACACUGGCUCCUCCCAGGUAUCCUCAUCUCAGCCCACUAAACAAAGAGUCCUUUGACGUGGGUGCUGACAUCUUUGCAAAGUUCUCUGCUUACAUCAAGAACACUCCAAAUAACGCCUUCCAAGAGAAAAACCUGCUGCGGGAGUUCAAGCGCCUGGAUAACUACCUGAACUCCCCCCUGCCCGAGGAGAUCGACCAUAACUCCACAGAAACUGUGACCGUCUCCAAGAGGCUGUUCCUGGAUGGCGAUCGCCUCACCUUAGCUGACUGCAAUCUGCUGCCCAAACUGCACGUUAUCAGGGUUUCUGCCAAGAAGUACUGCGACUUUGACAUCCCGGCCCAGUUCACAGGUGUGUGGCGUUACCUUCAGAACGCCUACGAGAGAGAGGAGUUCAAACAGACGUGUCCGGCUGACAUUGAGAUUGAGAAGGCUUACUUUAGUGUGGCUAACUCGAGGAAAUAAACCUUUGAUUGCCUGUAACCAAAGUCCUGCUGUGACCCAGUCUAACCUGCAUGUAAAGAUUAUGAACUGUAGAGGGUGCUACAACCUAAAAGAAUAGAGAAUCAGGCCAGGAUCCACCUCAAUAAUCUAAACCUGUUGUUGUAGAAAGACUUUGGGACAGGCUGAAGCAAAAUUGGUUGUAUGUGUUGACUAUUUAUCCAUAGUCACUCACAGACAGAUGGUGUGUUUAUGCCACAGUGAAAAGGCCACAUGUGCAAUUGACUGUUUUUGUUUAUAGUGUAAAUAUUGAUAUUUUUCCAUGCUUUUUAUAAUCAAAACACCCUCAUUAAAACCUGAUUGAUUGAUAUGCGUUAUGAUUACGUUAUUAGUUAGUUAGUUAGUUAGUUAGUUAGUGAGAGCAGCCACAGAAACCUUCACAAACAGUUUUUAUGCAAAUUAUGAAAUAACAUUUCUGUAUCUUCUUAUCCUGUACAAAUACAGUUUGAUUGAUUUGUCUCAUUGUCACGUCAAUAAAAAAUAUAAAAUGAA